AUGGCAUUUGCAGGAAGUAAGCCCAAAGUUUGGCUCAAAUUGCAAGGAUGGAAAGGGAAUAAGUUCUCUCAAGAGGGUAGGGAAAUCCUCCUUAAAGCAGUAGCUCUGGCAAUUCCAUCUUAUGCCAUGAGUUGCUUCAAGACUCCAACAAUGCUUUGCUCUGAAAUUGAAAGUAUGAUGGCCGGAUAUUGGUGGGGUCAAAAGAAUAAGGAGAGAAAGGUUCAUUGGCUAAGUUGGAAGAAGAUUUGCAGUUCAAAAUUUGUGGGAGGCAUGGGGUUCAAGGAGCUAGAGAUUUUCAAUAUGGCCAUGUUGGCUAAACAAGCUUGCAAGUUAUUGCAGAAUAAGGAGAGCUUAUUCCACAAGAUGUAUACUGCUAGAUACUUUUCUGAUGGGAACCUUUUGACAGCAUCUCUUGGAGGAAAUCCCUCCUAUGCUUAG